GUCCCGCGUGGAUAUGCAAGGAGCGCGUCCCUCCCAGGCAUACCAGCGAAGCUUUUAUCUCUCACACUGAAAUUUCGUCUUUACACAUUGGCUUUUUGGAUUUGACACAGUCCCCACUACAAAAGGGAAACUGACAUCGAUUAAACCUCACUGGACAUUUACAAUAUUUGUCGCCGUUUUCAAUCGGACACCCCGUUUAGUUCACAACGGCGUUGGUCACUUUUCUUCUUUCUCUUUUUUCUCAUCCGGCUCCCGGUUGGAUUUACAAAGGGUGUGUUGGUGAUCGGUACCGGGAGUUUUCGGCUCCUGUACUUCUCGUAUUUCACUGAGGAAUGACAGCGACCGGAACGGGACUGCGAAUCGCCUAAAUGGAGAAAAUGGAUUGUAAAACCCUCGAAAACACUUUCGAGGAGAAACUGACGUUAGCGGAGAAAUCACUGCCCCUGCCGACAGAGUCCCACUCCAUCCAGAAUGAGGACAAGAUGCCAGUGAAAGACUGUCUGACCCCAGCUGACUCAGCCAUCACCGACCUUUCCCCCAACACAGAUUCCAGUGCCCAAACAGACCACUCCAUCAAGACAGAGCCCUCCUCCAAGACAGCUGCCAGGCCAUCCACGCCUGGCACCAGUGCCAGCCCCCAACCCAAAAAAGAUGCUGUAACCUCAGAGCAACGACAGAAGCUUGCCAAGGAGCGUAGGGAGGAGAGAGCCAGAUAUAUUGCGGUCAAGAAAGCUCAGUGGUUGGAGAAGGAGGAGAAGGCCCGGCGCUUAAGGGAGAGCCAGCUGGAGGACCGCAGGAGGAAACUGGAGGAGCAGAGACUGAAGACUGAGAAACGCAGAGCCCUGCUGGAGGAGAAGCAGAGACAGAAACUAGAAAAGAACAAGGAGAGAUAUGAGGCAGCCAUCAAAAGGUCAACGAAGAAGACGUGGGCCGAGAUCCGCCAACAGAGAUGGUCCUGGGCUGGCGGACUCAACCAAACCUCCCGCAGAGAAAGUCGCAGUCUGCGUCUGAGUCCGUGGGAGAGCAAGAUUGUGGAGCGGCUCAUGACACCCACCCUGUCCUUCUUGGCCCGCAGUCGCAGUGCUGCCACUCUCCUCAACAGCAGUGACUCUCCCUCUGGCAGCCCGCUAACGCCCUGCUCCCAUCACCACCCUCACCAGAACACCGCCGAGCGCUGGAGGCUUUCCUCUGCCAGCACACCAGACAUUACUCAGCGCCAGCGUCGCCGAAACUCUACACCGAUAAAGAAGGAGAAAAGAGACAAAGAGAGGGAGAACGAAAAAGAGAAGAGCGCCCUGACGAAAGAGAAAGUGCAGAAGAAGAAGCCGACAACACCAACCCCGACCCCCAGGUCCAGGCCAGAGACCAGCACUCAAAAGCCCAGAAACAGACCUCCAUCGCCUGCAGCCCCUAAAAGCAGACCCUUGUCCCCUUGCGUGCCAACGGCAGCCUCCAAGGCCCCUUCAGGCAAGAAGACACCUCCUCCAGGCACUAAGACCAGGCCCAAACGGGCCCAGACCCCAGCCAGGGUCCAACCUCCAACAGUGGCAGCAGUUACCGUUGAGACAAACAGCAAAUCUCCACAGCCUGAUAAUCCUGAGGAGACAAAGAGCUCCAGUGAUCUCCCUGCCAUCGUGGUGUCCUCUGCGCCAGUUACACAGCCUUCUUUAAGCCCACCGGUCAUCACAGUGUCCUCCCCGGCUGUACAAAGUACUGAGACAGCUGCCUCAUCUGCAGCUGCUGCACCAGCCCCCCCUGUUACCCCUGUUACUGCACCAGCUCCCCCUGUUACCCCUGCCACUACUCCCACUACACCCGCAACUACCCCCGCUACUCCAGUUGCAUCAACGGGCAGGCCGUCAGCCGGCACCAAUGAUCCAGAGGAGGCUUCCCGGGUCCUGGCUGAGAAACGCAGACAGGCCCGCGAGCAGCGGGAGAGGGAGGAGCAGGAGCGUCUAGAGCAGGAGCACAGGAACAGGAUCCUGCGUGAGGAGGCGAUGGCACGGGAAGUGGAGGAGCGGAAGCGCAGAGAGGAGGAGGCCCGCCUCAUGGCUGAGCAGCAGCGUCUGAUGGAUGAAGCCCAGCGGAUUCAGGAGGAGAAGGAGGCGCAGGAGAGAGCCAAGGCAGAGCAGGAAGAAAACGAGAGGCUGCAGAGACAAAGGGAGGAGGCUGAAGCUAAGGCUCGUGAAGAGGCCGAGCGCCAGCGUGUGGAGAGGGAGAAGCACUUCCAGAAGGAAGAGCAAGAGCGACUGGAAAGGAAGAGGCGUCUCGAGGAGAUCAUGAAGAGGACUCGGAAGAGCGAUGCUGGAGAUAAGAAGGAUGUCAAAGCCUCCCCACAGGUUAAUGGCAAAGACACAGAGACUGCUAAAGCACCCGGAAGUCUACAAAGUCGGGAACCCACAAAUAACAGUACAGCAGUCCGCAGCCAAGGUGUGUCCGGCAGUGUCGUGAAUGGUGUCCAGCCAGCCACACACCAGAAUGGCCUCUCAGCCAACGGGGAAGCUGCUGACUAUGAGCAGAUCAUCCAGGUCAGCAGCAGUAGCAAUCCUGGACAACCACAGACUGGCGUGAUCAACGAACCAAUCAUGGCCUUUGAAGCAGGAGAGCCCUUCAUAAUGAAGACAGGGCCCAUGAAGACUCAACAUGUUGCAGAGGUCCUGUGAUUUUACCAGCAUCGAUGGAGAAACGCCUUACGUCUCUGGUUGAGUGAAGAGAUUCGUGCCACACCUCAGCGGCUUACAAAGAAGCGUGCCAAACAAACUAUGAACUGUGCUGAAUUCACCAUGACAUCUAGUGGCCGCAGAGGACAGUGAGGAGUGAAACUCUGCCUGCAGGAAAAAAGAGCUCAUACAAAAACAAGAAAGGUACCACUUACAAUAAGACUACCCUGAUAAAGGAUUUAUAAAUGGGUUAUAAUUAGUUUAGUAAUUAGG